AGUCACUUCCUGAUUUUGUUCAAGACCACGCAACAACUUUUCUUCGCACUUGUUGAUGAAGUGCGGGGGUCCCAGGUGUGCGGUGUCUACGCAGCUCUUGAGCUGCUCGACGUGAGCAAAUGCCUCAGACUUCUCCACCCAUGAGUUAUUUGAGUGCAGAGUGAUCCACCCAAAGAAUGAAGCAGGAUGGAGCCCAGUGCUGGGCCGUCACUUGGGAUCGUCAGUAUUCUGCUUUUCCAGUUCACUAUGAUCCUACUACAGCCGUUCAGAGUGACGUCAGAGUUGAUUUGUUCUGAUCAACCAAUCGUAGCCCUGGCUGGUGAUGAUGUCAUUCUACCAUGUCAACUUCAACCUGCAGUCAGUGCCAGUUCUGAGACUAUACUGUGGACCAGACCUGGUUUGGAUCGGAAGUACAUCCAUGUGCACCAAGAUGGACGACUGAUGUUUCAGAGUCAGAGCCACUCUUAUUAUGUCCGCACAGCUGUGUUUGUGGAUCAGCUGAUGAACGGAAACGUCUCCCUGAAACUGUUCAGAGUGAAACUCUCUGAUGCAGGACAAUACACCUGCAUCAUUGAUUCAAAGCAGAUGGAAGCUUCCGUCCAGCUCUCUGUGGGUGCUGCCUCCUCACCUGUCGUUAACGUGGCAGGGACUGACAGAGUCAGAGGAGAAGUGGUUCUCCAGUGUAACUCUACCGGCUGGUAUCCAGAACCUGAGGUGUUCUGGCUGGACGGUGAGGGAAACCUCCUCUCUGCUGGACCUACAGAGACAGUCAGAGGUCCUGAUGACCUCUAUACUGUCAGCAGCAGAGUGACUGUGGAGAAGAGACACAGCAACAGCUUCACCUGUAGAGUCCAACAGAACCACAUCAACCAGAUCAGAGAGGCACAGAUACAUGUUCCAGCUGAUUUCUUCAUAGUUCAUCCCUCUUCUUAUGAGAUUUGGAGCAUCACUAUUCUUUUUGUCAUCGCUGCUAUGAUGAUCAUGAUCACCAUCCUCAUUAAGAACUGGGUCGAGGCUUAUCUACAGAAUAAUAAAUAUGUCAACAACCAAGGUUCCAAUCAGUUACUCAGGUUGAAUGAUCAGAGGAAAGAACAAGGGACAGCUCAGGGAAAAUCAAAAGAGCUACCUCCAGCUGAACCUGAGCAGAAAGAGCAGGACAAAAAAAUCAACUUAAACGACUAGAUGCUAAAAGAAAGCCGCCACAAAAAAAAAUCCUUAGCUUCACAGAAGAGGAUCUAGUCUGCUGCUGCAGGAAAACAAGUCCAAACACACUUCAGAGAACCAGUUGAAGACUAAAGAGUCCUGACUGAACAUUUCUCGGGGGCACCGCUGACACAAUCACAUAAUCAAUCUUUAUAUAGACAGAGAGAGGUUAAUCAAUCACAUUUUUGUCACUACGUGGCAUAUUUCUGCCUAAAAUGCUUUCAGAAGCUUAUUUGGUGUCUGUUGUUACUGUUUGUGCAUAAGCAUUAUGUGACACCACAGCCCUUCGACCUCUGUUUACUCUGGUCCUGUAACAAUUAUAGCAAUAAUAUUUGUGUCUUUCCACAGCAGAGACAGACAAGUUUAAUGCGAAAGCCAUUUUCUCAGCUGUGAAACAUUUCUUCAAAGCAAAAGCACACCAAACACUAACACACAGAGCAGUCUAGCAAUAAUGUAUUUUUGUAGCUAGCUGAAGUUAGCAUCACUUAUUGCUGAAAAUAAUCUCUGUGUCAAACACAACCUUAACACAAGUUGGGUACUGUGCAGCCUUUUGAGAACAAUCAUUUUGGAACAAGUAUCUUGUUUGAAUGAUAGAAUAUCAUAAUAUAUCAUAUGUCAUAUUAUAGUUGAUUAUAGACAAAGGUGGUCGAUGGUUCAAAUCCCGGCUCCAGGCAGGGCUAAGCUGCAUGUCGAAGUGUCCUUGAGCAAGAUACUGAACCCCACAUUGCUUACUACUGAGAGCCCUGCGAUGAGCUGACAACUUGUCCAGGGAGCACCCUGCCCUCGCCCUGAGACAAGGCUGGGAUUGGCUCCAGCAGCAACACCCCGUGACCCCAUGGAAAGGGAUAAACGGUUACGGACAAUGACAUGACAUAGACAAAGGUUCCCUCCAAAGUAUUAUGUAAACUGGCCAAAUGUUAAAUUGAUUUACAGAUAAGAUGAAUGUUUUUUGUAAACUAUGCACUUUGUUGUUUGUCCUUCAUGUGCUGAAGUUAAAUUUGUUCUAUGUUUUGUUUUGCAAUGUUUCUUAAGCUGCUGCUGCCAUUAUUACACUAUCUGUUUGUACUGCAAUCAUUUUGAUGAGACAUAUAAAUAAAUGAACACUUGGAAACGUA